AGGAAGCUCUUUCACUUCUGGUUUGGAGAGUUGCAAGAUCAAAAAUGAAUGACAGACUAGCCAUUAUCCAUAUACACGAACUUAUUUUUCUUUUCACACUCCCCAGCAACAAAUACACGUAAGAAAGGGUCGUUUGGCGUGGAGCAAGCGGGCCGAUACCGUGUUCGGAAUGAGACGCUCGUGAACUCAACGUGAUCCUGACUGGAGGACGAAGUUCCACCAUGUAUUCGAGUUCUCAUCAUCCCAUCAAGUCCGGCUGCAACACCAGCGCCAGCAUCACAGAGCUGCUGGCUGCUCUAUGUGACAGCAGCCUGGCUGGCGUGUCGUGGAAGCGUCGGGCCCUGGGAGGCGUCUCAAGAGAAGGCUUCCGCAAAGCUCUGAAGAAGCGAGCCUAUGGCGCACUGCUGUCCAAGCUUUUCCAGGAUGGCGCCAAGCCACCCGUCACCUUGGAGCCUAGCUCGCCUCCGAGAAACAGAGUCCUGAUGAUAUGUUUUGACUUGAGAGUAGCUGGCUGUGGGGAGGAGGCUGAGAGGCUGGAGGAUCUGCUGGAGAAGCUUCCGGAAGGGGCCGCCUCCGGCCUGAAUGAGGUGGAUUCCGUCCUUGAGCUUCUGGUGCUCCUGGCCGGUACCUCGCCUCCGCCGCCGCCCUCCUUCAGUCGGGACUACAUGAGGCGGGAGAGGCCCGUGCUACGCAGACCCGCACCUUGGCCUUACCAGAGCGAGGAGCUGCAAAGGCUGGAGGCCCGGGCCUGGGGGCUGGUCUGCGGGGAGGAGUGGGCGUCCUUGGAGCGCUUGUACGGAACUCAGGGUUUGAUGGAAGCUCAGCCAGGUGCAGGCUUGAUGGCUCUCAGGACUAAAACAGACGUGGAGGAGAGAUUUGAGAAGGAGACCAGGCUGACCUUGUUUGGAGCCUUGCAGCACACUCGAACCUCAGACCUGGACAUCAGACUGGACCUUCCACCUGUGCCCAGCGACGUAGAUGUAACUGGGCUCUCCAUUAGGGUCCCGCCGUGUUUAGAUCAGUCUGACGACGAAGGCUUCCAGUCUGGCUCCAACCUGACGCCGGACUCUCUGUCGGAGCCCAGCUCCGGUCCAGAGAUGGAUGUGUGGGAGGCUCUGCGGACAUUUGAGCCCGGCGUUCGCUGCUGCUGGGAGUCGGUCGGCUGGCCACCGGGCAGGAGAGAAUCUCUGUACCUGAGCGAGAGCGGCAGAGAGGCCUUUGACCAGCUCUACCGACUGUGGGAGGGCGAGAUGAGGGUGGUCAGCGGCAGCGUGCCCUCCCCGAUUCUCCCGCUGCCCGUCGACUCUCAGGGGGAGCUGGUGGGCGACUUGCUGAACGUGCUGAUUGGCGUGGCGUCCGCUACUUUUCCUCUCAACCAAAGUGUCGAGUUCGACGUCCGCCCCGGCGUGUGCGUGUCGGGAGCCUCUCCGGAAAGCGUGUCUCGUCUCUUGGGGGAGCUGGCCCAGUACGGCACCUACUACCUCAGGCUCAGUCGCUUCUCGCUGCAGAGCCCCGAAAAGAAGGGUCUGGUCUUCCAGGCGUUCACGGGAGGCCUGAGGAAGUACUUGCAUUAUUACCGAGCGUGCGUUCUCAGCACGCCGCCCAGGAUCAGCCUGCUGACUGUUGGCUUCCUCUUCCGCAAAGUCGGCCAACAACUCAGGUAUCUGUCGGAACUGUGCCGUGUGGACGGGCCCCCCGGUGGCGACCGGCCCGCCUUCCCUGUGGGCGUGAAGCUGCUCUCCCACCUGUACAACGAAGUGCAGAACAACUGCAGCAACGAGAACUACCCGGUGCUGCUGUCUCUCCUCAAGAGCAGCUGUGAGCCGUACACCAGGUUCGUGUCCGAUUGGGUGUACAGUGGCGUGUUUCGAGACGUCUAUGGCGAGUUCAUGAUCCAAGUCAAUGAGGAGUACCUCGGCUUCAGAGACAAACAUUUCUGGGUCCAAGGCUACACUUUGAUCUCUCAAGACGUGGAGGACUGUGUGCCCGUUUUCCUGAGGCACAUGGCCAACGACGUGUACGUCUGCGGGAAGACCAUCAACCUCCUGAAAAUUUGCUGCCCUCAGCACUACAUCUGCUUGUCGGAGCUUCCCGUGCCUCGUAUCGCCGUCACCUUCUCCCUGCAGGAGGUGGAGGCCAUCGAGAGGGACUGCGCCGUGUACCGCGGCCGCAUGGAGAGGAUCGCCAAGCACAGCGCCGUCAGUCGGGAGGUGCAGGCCCAGCGAGCUGAAGAAGCGCGCCAGGAGCUGAUCAAUCAGGUCAGGGCGUCGGCAGCCAAAACCCUGGAGAGCAUUCGCGGGCGCCAGGUGUCACAGCGUCUGGCUGAGGAGGCCAGGAAAAGGGAGAGCUUCCAGGAGUUGAAGCAGCACCUGGAACAGGAGCAGGAGUGGUGCACUUUGGCCAAGAAGAAACAGGAGGAAGACGACUUCAGCUUUGCCAGAGAGCUGAGGGACCGCGAGAAGAGACUUCAAGCGCUUGAGGAGCAACUGGAGCAGAGAGCCAGGAAGGAGCUGAUUGCCCAGUACAGCCACCUGUCAGAAGAAGCGGCCCGUAAGGAGCGCCGGGCCUUGUGGAGGUCGCAGAGAACCACACUGGACGAGGCUCGAUCGCACUUCUUCGCGCGGGACCAGCAAGAGUUGCAGGCCAUCUUGGAAAAGUACCCUUUGGGCCAAGAGAGACCUCCAGUGUCAUCACCUCAGCAGCCGCCAGCACUGGAAAGUCCCUCAGAGCAGUCAGUGGAAAAGAAACCAGAGAAUCCUGAAGAAUCCAAAGAGUCUCACUCAGUGGACACCAGCGCCUUCAUCUCCGGCGACUUUCUCCCCGAGUCGCUAACCGUCGACCACACCAAGCAGGAGGAGAUGGGGGAGGUGUGUCCCACAGCAAAGCUCGUAGACUACGACUUCAGCGCCCCCUUCAGCCCUCUGGAAGGAAUCGCCGGCCAGCCAUCCCUGGCCCGGCUCAGGCCCGUUUGCGGUUCUUUCCAACUGCAACCUGACGUGAUCCGCAACCAUCCCUCCUUUUCCCAUUUCCCCGUGGGGGAGCAUGUGCCUCUGGUCCAGGAGAGCCUCCCCGCGGCCAGCCCCUUCGGCCACGUUUCCGAGUGCAGCUUCUCCCUCAGACACGACACCCCAGGGCCUCCUCAGGGCGCCACGCUGCUCGGGCAAGGCGACGCUUCUGUCCGUCUGGAGCGAGACAAACUGGUGGGUGCUCAAGACGCUACGGCAGCGAAACGCAAAGAGGACGCGCCCCAUCUUUCCAUUUGUAGUCGAGUUUGUUCUUUAGCGUCACCUUUGAAGCGCAUCGCCGUCCCUUCCCCGGCGCAUCCCUCAGACUCGCACAUCAAAAUUGGCGAGCUUGUCUCAGACGUGGACGCGCCGCAACCUUCCCAAAAUGUCCACGGCCACUCCUCGGACGCCAACAUCAAAGUGGGCGAGAACGUGUCCGACUUUGUCCAUCCGCUCCUCGUCCGAAACCCCCACGGCCACGCCUCCGACGCUCACCUCAAAGUCGGAGGAAACGAUUCAGACUUCUUGUCUCCGCUGCCCGUGCCCAACGUCCACGGCCACGCCUCGGACGCCAACAUCAAAGUAGGCGAGAACUUGUCCAACUUUGUCCAGCUGCGACCCGUCCGAAACCCCCACGGCCACGCCUCCGACGCCCACCUCAAAGUCGGAGGAAACGAUUCAGACUUCUUGUCUCCGCUCCCCGUGCCCAACGUCCACGGCCACGCCUCGGACGCCAACAUCAAAGUGGGCGAGAACGUGUCCAACUUUGUCCAGCUGCGACCCGUCCGAAACCCCCACGGCCACGCCUCCGACGCCCACCUCAAAGUCGGAGGAAACGAUUCAGACUUCUUGUCUCCGCUCCCCGUGCCCAACGUCCACGGCCACGCCUCGGACGCCAACAUCAAAGUGGGCGAGAACGUGUCCAACUUUGUCCAGCUGCGACCCGUCCGAAACCCCCACGGCCACGCCUCCGACGCCCACCUCAAAGUCGGAGGAAACGAUUCAGACUUCUUGUCUCCGCUGCCCGUGCCCAACGUCCACGGCCACGCCUCCGACUCCAACAUCAAAGUGGGCGAGAACGUGUCCGACGUGUCCCAAGCUAGACCACGAUGGAGUAAACACGGCCACACUUCCGACUCCACCCUCCAGGUGGGCUGCGUGGUAUCGGGCUCGGCGCCCGCCGCGGCACCCGAGAGCGACCUAAGCCACGUCUCGGACUCCAGCUUGGGCAGCGGCUGCGUUGUCACCCAGAGCGAGCCGCUUCCGUCCCCGCUGCCGGGCAGUCAGUACGGGCACUCGUCAGACUCUGCUCUCGGGGUGGGCUGCGUUGUGUUGGGCGCACCAAAGCCGUCGCUUUCCACCGAACGCCAGUUGGAAGGGAAAGCGGAUCACGAGCAGGAUGCCGAAGAAGCCGUCAGCUUUGACUUGUCCCCCGGAGAGAAAUCCGAACAAGAAUAUCUCCUGGCGCUGUCCGCUCACUACCAGGUGGAGCGCUAUGAAGACUGCUCCAGCCUCAUGGCGUCGUCCCCCGAGUGCCAGUUACUCAAGCGCGUGAUCCGGGGCCUCCCCGCUGAGCCCGCCCUGCGCCACGCCGCCGACGCCAUGGCCGUGCACCUCAACGAGAUGGUCUCCCUGCCGGUUCUGAUCAAACACUCGGUCACCGCCCCACUCAUCACGCACGUGUCGCUGGUCAACAAGGCGGUGGUGGACUACUUCUUUGUGGAGUUGGGGGUGGAGCGACAUUUUGAGGCCCUGCGCCACUUCCUGCUGAUGGAGGACGGCGAGUUCGCGCAGUCGCUCAGUGAUCGGCUGUUUGAAAAACUGGGCAGCGGGCAGACCCCCGGCGAGCUGCUCACCCCUCUGGUGCUCAACUCCAUCCUCAGCAAGGCGCUGCAGUACAGCCUGCACGGCGACACGCCGCUGGCCGCCAACUUCACCUUUGCCCUGCGCUUCCUGCCCGACACCUUCCACCCGCACGCUCCCGACUCCCUCAACUGCCUGGAGCUGCGCUACAAGGUGGCCUGGCCGCUCAACAUCAUCAUCACCGACACCUGCAUGAACAAGUACAACCGGCUCUUCUCCUUCCAGCUGCAGCUCAAGCACAUGGUGUGGAGCCUGCGCGACGUCUGGUUCCAUCUCAAGAGGACGGCGGUGGUGAAAGGCGCCGGGCGCUCGGUGCAGUUCCGCCAGCUGCAGCUGUACCGACACGAGAUGCAGCACUUCGUCAAGGUCAUCCAAGGUUACAUCGCCAACCAGAUCCUGCAGGUGUCCUGGAGCGAGUUCACCGCCAAGAUGGCCGCCGCCUGCGACCUGGACGCCAUCCAUCGCACACACGCCGACUACCUUAACAGGGCCAUUUUUAGGGCUCUGCUGACCGAGAAGGCCGCUCCGGUGAUGAACAUCAUCCACAGCAUCUUCAGCCUGAUCCUAAAGUUCCGUGCACAACUGAUUGCGCUUCCUUGGACCAGCCAGCAGGGGGAGACAGUGCACCCAAGCUUCAUCGCCAUGCAGCAAUCGUACAACACCUUCAAGUACUACUCGCACUUCCUCUUCAAAGUGGUGACCAAGCUGGUGAACAGAGGCUACCAGCCGCAUUUGGAAGACUUCCUCCUACGCAUCAACUUCAACAAUUACUACAAAGACUCAUGAGCAGCUUUAUGUCAACAGCCCCCAGAUCUGUGUACAUGUAUAUACACCAGUGUUUACCAACCUUUUUUCAUUCCAUCACACCCUUUUCAUUGGAAAAAAUCUCUGAGGCACACCACCAACAAAAAUCUGUUG